GUCAUUUCGUUUCGACUUCCGUUGCCGAUGUUGAUUCUUGAACGAUUGUUUGUUAACUUCAAUAACUUGUCAAUUAUUGUAGUUAGGCUACUUGUUGAACAUUGAACAAAAAGCUACUUUCAAUUGAGACACAGUUUUAUUAGUAUUUACUGCGUUUCGUAAAAAUGUCAUAGUUUUCUCAGACUAAUACAUCAGGAUCUGCAUUAUUUGUGAUUGGCUGUAAACAGAUUUGAAAAUGGAAGUAAAACGUUGUAGUUUGAGAAAAUCGCUAUCAUCCAGACAUUCCAAAAGCACAAAUGAAUUGGAAUCUGAAGAUGACGCAGGGCCUACAAAUCUUGAUUGUAUUGAACCUGGACUAUGGCUUGGAAACUUGACCGCAGCUAUGGAUUUGGAUAUGCUGGAGGAUAGAAAGAUCAAUCACAUUUUGACUGUCGAUUCAUGUCCGCUGCCAAGAAACAUACUUUCGAUACCAAGUAUCAAGAGCAUGUAUGUUCAAGUUACAGAUAUACCUUGUGAAGACUUGUUGAGUCAUUUUGAGGAUACGUACAAAUUUAUUUCUGAUGGACAGUCGAAUGGUGUCGUGCUUGUUCAUUGCUAUUUCGGUGUUUCAAGGAGCGCAACUAUCGUUAUCGCAUAUUUUAUGAAAAAAUACCAGCUGCCAUUCAAAGAAGCUUAUGAGAUGGUUAAGAAGCAGCGUCGUUUUGUUGGGCCGAAUAGAGGAUUUGAAGCGCAGUUGAAACUAUAUGAGCGAAUGUGCUAUCAUAUAGAUCGCAGUAAUGCCCAAUUUCGCAUGUACAGAUUGGCGAUUGCUGCCGAUAAAGUCAGGAAAGUGAAAAUUCUUCCUCAAGACUGUUUGGAUGUGGUGAAACCAGAUCCGGCUUUGAUCACUGUCAGGCCUGAUCCAUUAGUGUAUCGAUGCAGGAAAUGCAGGCGUAUUGUAGCAUCAGCCAGCAACAUAGUACCUCACGCUGCCAGGGAAAAGCCUUCGUGGAAAACUGAAAACUGGCCUCCUGUUGAGCCGGAAAAGUCGCUGUGCAACCUGACCUACUUUGUGGAGCCAAUGACCUGGAUGAAAGCUGCUAUUCAGUCGGAGCAGGGCAAAAUCUACUGUCCCAAGUGCAGCUCCAAGAUUGGUUCAUUCAGCUGGAUUAUGGGGUGUCAGUGCCCCUGUGGAGCCAAGGUUUCUCCGGCAUUCUACUUGGCGCCCUCAAAGGUGGAGUGGAGCAACUUUGUUCAGAAUGUUCAGGUUACUGUUUAAAAUUAUCUGCAUGUGAUAAGGUAAUGUGAUAGAUGUAAUUAUCGAGCAGUUCAAAUCAAACUAGUCAUUAGAAUAUAAGUGAAAGAAUUUCAGAUUAUUUUGUAGGUUUUAUUUUUUAAUAUUCGACAACAGAGUAUAACUAGCCAUAGGAAUUUGUGAAAGAAUUUCAGGUAAUAUUUUUUAAUCUUAGUCUUACUAGUCAUUAGAAUUUGUGAAAGAAUUUCAGAUUAUUUUGCGUGUAUUUUCUAUGCAUUUGUUAUUCAAAUGGCAUAAAAAAUUGUUCCAGUUGUAAUUUAAAAGUACAUACAAGCUCAGAUGAACGAAAGGGACAUCAUUAACAGUUUGAAAAAGAAAGUUUACAUGUGUAUGCAUCAACUAGAGUUCCCCCCCCCCUGUUAUCUAAUUGUCUAGAUAGAGGAUGUUGAAGAUUCGAAAAUAUUACGUAUCGUGGACUUCCAGGAGGGAGUGUAAGAUAAGUCCACUGUAAAAUAUACUGUACCAAUGUGUAUACACAUAUGAGUUGUAUACACGUUAAACCGUGUGUUACUUUCAUUUUUUUCAGCGACCUCGCUUGUAUCACAAAUGCUUAUAGAACGUAGGGCACUACGUGUGUUGGAAAGUUUGGUAUGGGUGCAUUAAUGCCAGACGAAUUAGGAAGCUACUAGAAGUAGCAAAAUAAUGACAAUUCUUACUAUUUAAUUUAAUUAACUUAAAUUUAUUUAAUUCAUAUAACAUUUGGGAUGACUAUUCUGAUGAAUACCACUCAUUAUAUUCCUGAUGAUAUAUCCAGGUGUGUAAUGGCAUUAAAUUAUUAUCAUAAUUUUUCACAUGGAUGUCACCGGUAGAGAUUCUCUCAUCCAAAAUGCUAUCUUUAAUUAACCAAGUUGUGGGUACAGUAUGCCAUGUAGCCCUUAAUAGUUACACGUCGUACAUUAGUCAAGUCACAUAUUACUGGACCAUUAAUUGAAUGUGUAUUACCAUACAAAUCGGAAUAGGAAACCACGUCUUUAGUGGUUGAUACAACUAUGCCUUGAUAUUCGUAGAACUCCUUGAUAUCAAGUGUAUCAAAUAUUGGUAUUGAGGCCGUAACCUCUGAACAUAAGUAAGUGUUGCUAUGGUACAAGCAUCCCGACAAGUCUCGCCUAACAUUUAUCCCUAUAUGGGUCGGUCCAACAGCUGAUACAACAUCAGUAUAAUUGUUUAAUCGAAAGGCAAAAGCUACACCUGCAGAAGUAAGAGCCGAUUUAAUAUAUGGGGCUAUGAUUAUGGCACGAAAGUAACCUAGACUUAAUACGGUGGACAUAUCAACAUGUAUGCGAGCAUAAGUAUAAAACAACAAUGGGUUGUCUACAUAUAUGGAAUCUUUCAUUCCUAAAAACUUCUCGAUAACGUCGUCAACAUCUCAGGUGGUAUUAAUGCGGAAUUGAUCGUUCCGCUUCGGAUGGCGUCUAAAAUGGAACUCACUUUAGCAUGCAUUUUAGUAUUGAUGAUCUCGGCCACCAGUCGCAAUGAAGUCUUGCAUAUACGCAGAUCCAGUUCGGUGAUGUUAUCUUUCAACUUAAACAUAUUACAUAUAGGCUAUAUAUUCGACUGAUUUUGAGGAAUGUGCCUCAACUAUUUUAAGAAUCAUGCGCAUUUCAAGAAUCUGAUUUUGCAAAUCAUCAAUAGUAAACCAGUUCCAAAUGAUGCCAACCAUUGAUACUCCAAUACCGUCUACAGCAGCAGCACCUAUUAUUAGGGGGACUAACCUUUUCCUACGCUUUCCGAUCAUGGAUCCAACACCUCGGCCAAUUGAUUGCACUUCAUCGUAAGCAGUAUGUCCACGUAGGAAAUCUUGAAAAGAUGAAUUAAAUGCGCCUUUACACAUGCGAGCUCAAGUACCUAGAUCUAAAGUUACUGGUGCACUAACCUCACCAUCGUACAUGGCUACAAGGUCUGGGGUCAUAAAUGUAUUGAGCCGUGAGGAUAAUUUAUUACAAUUGCAAUCAACAUACGCGAGUUUAGGGAGGAACAAGCCUAUAAUCAAAAGGGUUCGGGUGUAAUCCAUAAUUAAAAUAAUGUCAAACAUAGGAAAAUUGGCAGCAAUUAUGUGCAUUAUGGUAAUGUUGAAAUGGUAAUAUUUUGCGCAUGCGUCCUGUCUAUUUUCGAUGCUUAUGCAAAGAAGCCUUACGCUCGCGUUUGCUAUUGGCAGUCGUUACGAUCAAUGGGGGAUUGGGUGCAGUCGUAUCAUUGACAGGACAAGCCUCAGGGGGUGAACUGGAAUUAAAUGGGCGUUUUAGACGUAUUUAAUGCCGCGAUUUGAGAAUCAAUGAUGGAGCGAACAUCACUAGAAAUUUGAUGUGGCGAAACCACUGUCACUGGAUGGAAAAAUUUGUAAUGUGGAGAGUUUGGUUUAAUAACCAUACCUUUGAUGGCGCUAUCUGUAUUAUUAAUUAAUGUUAGGACUUCACUUAUAUGGAUGUCGUUUUCAUAAUUGAGGUCUAGAUCAAUUUUCCUUCUAACUGAUAAAUUAGUGUCCAUGGGCAUAGAGUGUAAUAGAUUUGAGAUAUCAUGGGUUGAAAUUUCCUUCUGACUCAUUGGAAUAAAAUGGUAAACUACUAUGAUAACUUCUCUCAGAUUAGUGGCGACCUGUUGGUCGGAGAUACUCUUGUGGUAUCUGU